UAAAUGAAAAAAGUUCAAAUUUCAAGAACGACGUCGUUUUCUUUUACCGCCACUCCUUUCUUCUCCUUCCCAAAUUGGUAACUAACUGAUCUCUGCUGGUUUUUUUAUUCAGUUUGUCUCCAAUGUCGAUGGACUCGUACACUCCAUUGUUGGAGAAGACCCGUGUUCCCCAACCAUCACUUCAGAAAUUUGCCGUAAUUACUAUCUUCUCGAAGCUCCGGUCUGCCCCCAAGUACCUGGACUCUGAUUCCGAGCCCGGAAGAGAUGCUAUUUCUCAGUGUCUACACUCUGCAUCGCCGGCUGUCGUCGAUCAGUCCGUUAGAGAGUUAUGUCGUCUUGUUAUGGACACUCAAAUUGAUGUUUCUCGCGGGUUGCUUGAGCUCCAGUCUGCUCUUGAAGGAUGUGAGCCUCGAUUUGUUGACCUCUUCGUGAAAGGGUUGGGCUUUCUUGUUCGGCUAGGGAUUAAGAAGAACAGUUUCAAAUGGAGAUUCAAUUCUCCUACUGAGAACCACCCGUUUGUUAAAGUUCUCUCAAGCCGAUCCGAGGCUCAAUCUGAACUGGUUCAGCAGGUUUUACUGUUGCUAGCACACCACAAGCAGUUGGGGAUGGUUGAAAUUUGUGAUUUUUUGAGACCCUUUUUGAGUUAUUCAAUCUUAAGGAUACCCUUUUCGGAUUCUGCUUCCUCUAUGUUUGCACGGAGUUUAAUAUCAUCGAUGGUGUCUCUGUGUUGCUCCUUUUCUCUUGAGGCCAUUUCUGUCUUUAAGCUGUUAACAGAAUGCCUUCAGCAUAGUCUUUGCACAAAUUCAGAAGGUUUUAGGAAUUUCAUUUAUUUCAUGGAACUUUUGGUGGAUGCACAUGUUGUGGUGCUUAGACAUUUGGCUGGACAAGGAUUGCUGAUUGCUGAGGCUCAACUUUGCAGUUUGGAACUGUUAGAAACACUUCUUUCUGUAUGUUCAUGUCAUAGGUACUCCUAUUGGAUUGAGCCCAUAACUGAGGUCUCCAGGCGUUUAUUCUCUGUUCAGAAAGAACUUGGGUUUCAAUACAUGCCCAAAUUAUCUUCAGCUACUUUAUCCCUAUUUAUUAUCCUUAUUCAGUCAGAGCUUGAUCAUGAACAACUUUCAGUAUUAAAACUCCUCCACUUCCUCUUUAAAUGGAAACAUGAAAAUGAAUCUGUUGCUGGCCAGUCAUCAUGUAUUCUAAGCGAGGAGCUCUUGUUAAUAUUUCCUGUCAUCAGCUUGUUGUCAUCUCCAUCAAAACCUGUCAAAAGAGCAGCAACUGAUUUUCUUAGCAUGUUAGAGAUACUGUUGAUAGAACCUGUUAUAUCAACUAAGGGCAAACCAACGAUGGAAAGGGAAUCGCCCCCAAUUAGCACACUUGGAUCUGUCAUUUUUAGACUUAUGCAGCAUCAGUGGUUUCAGGAUCACAAUUCAUCAUCCAGUUUCUUUUUAAGAUUUUCUUCCAGUGGUGAAAUUGAUGACAAAGAAAUACAUGAUCUACCAAGAUUUUGGGGUUCUCAAUUAAGACAUUAUUGUUUAAGGAUUGUUGAUAGAAGAAAAUCCAUUCUACCGCUUGCUCCGUCUCAAGAAGUUUUUGUAUCUGAAAUGCCCUUGUUUCUCUCUGCUAUUGCUGGUGUUUUGUUGAUGCAUCCAUCAUUAGGGGGUGUUGCUGUAGAUUCUUUAACCGCCAUAUCCAUCAUGGAUCCUAAAAUGGGAACUCAAUUUUUGCUAGCAAUCUUAUUUUACAAUAACAUAUUCACUAAGAAGGAUGAUACCAGCCAAAAUAUGUUGUAUUUUGCUCAUUCAUUUAUUCUGCAGCUAAAACUUUUAGGCAUGCUUCCUGCACUUGCAUCACAUUCUGGGAUGAUACCACUGAUAGUACAAACCAUAUUGCCAAUGCUCCAGAAAGACUCAAAACCAACAUUAUAUGCAACAGCCAUACGUUUGCUUUGUCAGACCUGGGAGAUGAAUGAUCGUGCCUUUGGGAGUUUGCAAGGGGUGUUGCUUCCAAAAGGUUUCACUGAGUUCAAGUCUGAAAGAAAUGUUUGCAUCAGUAUUGCUGCUUCCAUCAAUGAUGUUUGCAGAAAGAACCCUGAUAGGGGAGUGGACCUUAUCUUGUCUGUUUCGGCUUGUAUUGAGAGCAGGGACCCUAUAAUCCAAGCUCUUGGAUUUCAAAGCCUUGCUCAUCUUUGUGAAGCUGAUGUAGUUGAUUUUUAUACAGCCUGGGACGUCAUUUCAAAGCAUGUGCUUGACUACUCCAGAAAUUCAAUUCUUGCACAAAGCAUUUGCCUUCUUCUAAGAUGGGGUGCAAUGGAUGCUGAAGCAUAUCAUGAACCAUCACAGGAAGUUUUGCACAUUUUGUGGGGUAUAAGCACCUCUACUUCCCCUGAUCAGGAGGAAUUUCAGUGGGAAAAGGCGAGAGUCUCUGCCCUAGAAGCCUUGGCUCAGUAUGAGGUAUCACUCCUUGAGCAAAAAAUUCCAGAUUUCAAGAAAGUGUACUCAGAGGUUCUGUUUUCUGAAACAAAUCUGCAUGUACUUAGGGCCAUGGAAGAACUCCAAGUCAAGAUCAUAACAAAUGAGCAUAUAACAAGGAGACGAGUACGCAAGGAAAAAGGAGUAGCAAGAAGUAAAAUUGAGAAGCUGCUGGAUGUAUUUCCUCAGGCGAUAUUUCCAUCAGGGAAAGGAACUAAUGCUGGAGAGUUAGCUGGUGCAGCUCUGUUAUGUCUUUCAGUUACUCCUAAAGAUAUGAAUUCCCAAAGGACAUCAAAGGGACUAGAUGAUGUGCAUACUGCAUAUGAGAAGACACUUCUUGAAUUAGCUGCAUCUCUUCCACUUUCAAGAAACAUUUAUGUUGCUCUUCUUUCACUUCAAUCAUGGAAAACAUUUAUGCAACGCUGGCUAAGAGCUGAUAUUUUAUAUGUUGAUGCUAAAGCUCCAUCAAUCAGCUUAGAGAAAACUACAAAAGCUGCAAAUGACAUUCUGAAGAGAAUUAUACAUAUUGCAAAAGAUGCUAUUCCUAGAUCUUCUGAAAACAUUGCUCUUGCUAUUGGUGCACUUUGCAGGGUUUUGCCUCCAUCUGUCCAUACUGUCAAAUCAGCUGCAUCAAAUUUCCUUUUGAGUUGGUUGUUCCAGGAUGAGCAUGAGCACCGCCAAUGGUCAUCUGCAAUUUCUCUUGGAUUAAUCACUAGUUGCCUGCAUGUAACUGAUCACAAGCAGAAAUUUCAAAACAUAAAUGGACUUCUUGAGGUUUUGUGUAAUACCAAAAGUACUCUUGUCAAAGGAGCCUGUGGAGUUGGCUUGGGAUUUUCAUGCCAAGAUCUUCUUACAAGGGCUGAAGCAACUGAUUACUCAGACUUGGAUGAAGAACCAAACAAGAUGUCAGAAGCAGACUUACUUGGAAAGAUAGUUAGCACCUUAUUGUUCACAAUAUGUCAGUUCACUCAGUUUCCCUCUAAUAUUAUAGAAAGUCUCUCUGCAUACUUCCCAUCGAGCAAAUAUGGUCUACAUACAAAUUUGAAUGCUGAACUGUCACAUGAGAACUGUGAUGACUUGGACGAAGAUAUAUGGGGUGUUUCUGGAGUUGUCCUUGGCCUGGCAAGCUCAAUUGGUGCUGUGUACAGGGCUGGAUUGCAUGAUGCUGUUCUUAAGAUAAAGAGCUUAAUAAUGUCAUGGAUUCCACAUGUAACUUCGUUGGUUGAUUAUUCUGGCUCUUACUCUGAGAGCUUUGAGACACUUCUAUCAGUAGGAUCAUGUUUAGCCUUACCCUCUAUAGUGGCUUUCUUUCUGAGGAUGGAACUGAUGGAUGUGAAUGAAGUAGACCAACUAUUGAACGGUUAUAAAGAACUUAUUUCAGAAUUACUCUCUGUCAAGAGAUCAAGCAUUUUCCAUCAGAGCUUGUUGAUGGCAUCUUGCAUAGGAGCAGGAAGCCUUGUUUCCUGCAUAUUGAAUGAAGGAGUGAACUCUAUUGAAAUUCAGUCUGUAAAAGUUCUGCUAGAUUUAUUCAGAAGCUGUUAUUCCGACACUUACCCUGCCUUGGUCCACCUGGGUGCCAUGAUUGGAAUUGUUAAUGCGAUGGGUGCAGAUGCUGGAACCUUAUUUCAGAUGCGUCCCCAAUCCAUGUUGCUACAACACAAUUCUGAAAAGAAGGUGUCCAAUCAUCUCAUUGGUCCUCUACUUUCAAGUUCUGUAUGCGAGCCACAUUUGACAUCAUUGAUGCAAGAGAUAUUUCUCAUUGCACAGAAUUCUGAUGACCAUGAACUGCAAAAAUAUGCAGCAUGGGCAGUUUCUUUUCUUCGAAAUCAACUGUGGUCGAAGGAACUUCUUAAUGUUGAUACUGGUAUUAAGACCGACAUAACUAGUUUGAAGUCUUCUCAAACGUUUGCCGAUGAUAGUGCAGUUUUGAAGCUCUCCUCAUGGCUAAUGCAUCUCAAUCUUUCUGGGACAGGUAGCACUACACCUAUCGCAACAGUUACAACAGUGUUACGUUGUCUCUCCCGAGCUCCUAGGUUGCCAAGUUUUGACUGGGGAACAAUUAUUAGGCGCUGCAUGAGAUAUGAGUCUCAGGUUGCUGAGCUGCUACAUCAAGAUUCAUCUUAUAGAAAAGGAUCCCUUAGGGAGGAAUGUAUCACAUUCUCACUAGCCCAUGCAAAUCAGUUUGAUCAACUCCUGAAUUUCCUUGAUGAGCUAUCUGAUCUUUCAAGGCUCAGAACACUAGAGCUGAAUAUUCAGUCUUAUCUGCUUAUUCAUCUGGCAGACCUUAUAAAAGUAUUCUCAGGUUCCAGGGUUGAGAAAUUGAUUGACGAUGUGACCGUGUACCUGGUUUCAAUUACUUCAGACCCUUUAUAUGACACAGAUCAGAAAAGCAUGUUGAGAAAUUCAUGUUGGAAGGGCUUUUGUAAGUGUUUGGAUGAAGCUUCAAUUGACUCUUUAGACUACGUAUCUCAUGUUGAGAAAGCCAUGGAGGUGCUCUUUUCUUUGUUGCCCCUGUUGCAAUCUGAUGUCACUAUCAAGAUGGAUCAGGCGAAUUGUGAGGAAGAAUGGUCUAAUGCCGUUAGAUGCUUAGCAAAGGCUCGGCGAACUUGGAUAUUGAACUUCCUGGAGGUGUCCAAGACAGACCUGCUACAACAUGAUCAGGUUAUUGAGGUUCUCAAAAAAAUUCAAGCCAAAGCUAGGUUAACUAGAAUUGGUUGCUUGGCAUCCACUGAGUUGGGCAGACUAAAAUCUCAAUUGUUGAACUUCAAGUCUCAUGGUACAUGGGAUGUGCUGACUGAAGUUGUAGCUGCUUUACAAAGUGCGGAGGGAAGUGUCAAAAGACAGUGGCUUAUUGAUGCAGUAGAAAUCAGUUGUGUUUCAAGUUAUCCGUCCACGGCACUGCAGUUUGUAGGUCUGCUAUCCGGUAGCUGCAGCAAAUACAUGGCUCUUCUGAUUCUUGAUAAACAGGCAGUGCUGAGCGAUUUACCAUUGACACUAACCUCUCUUCUAUCGGAAUCCAGUUGGAGCCACAUCGCCGAAUCUGUUGUUUUCAAUCUUUUGGCUUCAACGGAGCGCAUUCACAAUUGGGUGACACAUAUUUCCAGGGGAGAAGAAUAUAGUAGUGAUGUACAGCCUAUUGAUGAAAGUGAGAAUGAAAUGGGUGGUUUUCUGUUGCGUGUUAUGCUCCAUACUUGCUUAUCUCUGAAAGACUACUUGCCUCUACAAAAGCAGCUUAAGCUUGCUACCAUGGUUGCUCAUUGAUAUAACAUACAUACCUCCCUUGUACACAACUGCUGACCACUAAUUUGCUCAGAGAGAUUACAACUAGUUUCUAUAGACGAAUUAUGAUACUUUUCAUUUUCAUUGAUAUAAAUAUAUAUAUAUUUUCUAA